CCGCCCGCCCGCCCCGCCGCAGCCGCCGCCGCGCUCGGCCCAGUCGCGCUGAGAGAGGCCGCGCCGAGCCGAGCGCCGCCGCCCGUCACCCGCACGACAGUGUGACUGAUGAGAGUUAAAGGCCAUGGAUGAAGAUGGGCUUGAAUUGCAGCCGCAUGAGCCAAAUGCGUUUUUUGAUCCAACAGGAGCAGAUGCCACACAUAUGGAUGGAGAUCAGAUUGUUGUGGAAGUACAGGAAACAGUAUUUGUUUCAGAUGUAGUCGACUCAGAUAUAACUGUGCAUAACUUUGUUCCUGACGAUCCAGAUUCUGUAGUAAUCCAAGAUGUCAUUGAGGAUGUUGUUAUUGAGGAUGUUCAGUGCCCAGAUAUUAUGGAGGAGCCAGACGUACCUGAAACUGUCAUUAUUCCUGAACAAGUGCUGGACACAGACGUGGCUGAAGAGGUUUCUUUGGCUCAUUGCACUGUUCCAGAUGAUGUUUUGGCUUCAGACAUAACAGCAGAAGCAAUGUCUAUACCAGAACAUGUACUGACGAGCGAGUCAAUGCAUGUACCUGAAGUUGGACAUGUAGAACAUGUAGUUCAUGAUAAUGUUGAAGAAGCAGAUAUUGUCACUGAUACUCUGGGAACAGAUGUUGUUUCUGAAGAAGUCUUGGUGGCAGACUGCGCAUCGGAAGCAGUGAUCGACGCCAAUGGGAUCCCUGUGGAACAUCAAGAUGAGAAGGGCAACUGUGAAGAUUACCUGAUGAUUUCUCUGGAUGAUGCUGGUAAGAUAGAACAUGAAGGUUCUGCUGAAAUUACCAUGGAAGCAGAGUCAGAAAGUGGAUCUUGUAAAGUGGAUGGCAUUUGUCCAGAAGUCAUCAAGGUCUAUAUAUUCAAAGCAGACCCUGGAGAAGAUGAUUUAGGGGGCACAGUAGACGUUGUGGAAAGCGAGCCAGAAAAUGAUCAUGCAGUUGGCUUACUUGAUCAAAAUAGCAGUAUUCGUAUUCCAAGGGAGAAAAUGGUUUACAUGACCGUAAAUGAUUCUCAGCACGAAGACGAAGAUUUAAAUGUUGCAGAAAUAGCCGAUGAGGUUUAUAUGGAAGUGAUAGUAGGAGAGGAAGAUGCAGCAGUCGCCCAUGAACAGCAAAUUGAUGACAAUGAGAUUAAAACUUUCAUGCCAAUAGCAUGGGCAGCAGCUUAUGGUAAUAAUAACGAUGGCAUUGAAAGUCGGAAUGGCACUGCAAGUGCUCUUUUGCACAUAGAUGAGUCAGCGGGACUUGGGAGACUGGCAAAGCAAAAACCAAAGAAGAAGAGGAGACCUGAGUCCAGGCAGUAUCAAACAGCAAUAAUCAUUGGCCCCGAUGGUCAUCCACUGACAGUCUAUCCCUGCAUGAUUUGUGGAAAGAAAUUUAAAUCUAGAGGUUUCUUGAAAAGGCACAUGAAAAACCACCCGGAGCACCUUCUUACUAAGAAAAAGUACAGAUGCACAGACUGCGAUUACACUACGAAUAAAAAAAUAAGUUUACAUAACCACUUGGAGAGUCAUAAGCUGACCAACAAAACAGAAAAGCUUAUUGAGCGUGAUGAGUGUGGGAAAAGCUUCUCUCACGCGGGAGCGUUAUUUGCGCACAAGAUGGUGCACAGGGACAAAGGAGUGAAUAAAAUGCACAAGUGCAAAUUCUGCGACUAUGAGACAGCAGAACAAGGAUUGCUAAGUCAUCACCUUUUAGCUGUUCACAGCAAGAACUUUCCUCAUAUUUGCGUGGAGUGUGGCAAGGGAUUUCGUCAUCCGUCGGAGCUGAAGAAGCACAUGCGAAUCCACACUGGUGAGAAACCCUACCAGUGCCAAUAUUGUGAAUACCGAUCUGCCGACUCUUCUAACUUGAAAACUCAUGUAAAGACUAAGCAUAGCAAGGAGACGUCGUCCAAGUGUGAUAUUUGUUUCCAGACUUUUUCAGAUACCAAAGAGCUGCAGCAGCAUACACUUAUGCAUCAAGAGAGCAAAACACAUCAGUGUUUGCAUUGUGACCAUAAGAGCUCAAACUCGAGUGAUCUGAAACGACAUAUAAUUUCAGUCCACACAAAAGACUAUCCCCAUAAGUGUGAUAUGUGUGAUAAAGGCUUUCACCGGCCUUCGGAACUGAAAAAACACGUGGCGGCUCACAAGGGUAAAAAAUUGCACCAGUGCAGACAUUGUGACUUUAAGAUUGCGGAUCCAUUUAUUCUGAGUCGCCACAUACUCUCAGUUCACACAAAGGAUCUUCCAUUCAGGUGCAAGAGAUGUAGGAAGGGCUUUAGGCAACAAAAUGAGCUGAAAAAACACAUGAAAACACACAGUGGCAGGAAAGUUUAUCAAUGCGAGUACUGCGAGUAUAGCACUACAGACGCCUCAGGCUUCAAACGGCAUGUUAUUUCCAUUCAUACAAAAGACUACCCUCACCGAUGUGAGUAUUGCAAGAAGGGUUUCCGAAGGCCUUCAGAGAAGAACCAGCACAUUAUGCGGCAUCAUAAAGAUGUUGGGCUGCCUUAAAGUCUCUUUCACAGACUUACGGCUGGAAUUGCAAAGGAAUUUUGCCUUUCGGGCAGUUAGCUUAUUUUAAAGCCAAUCACCUGCGAUCACACACACACACACACACA